AUGGCCGCACCGCUGCGCCAGGCCCACAUGACUGUCCAAGACGACGGCCAAAGAUGGUCCUAUGCUGGCCCUGUUCGCGACACCAUCGCCGUUCUGCAAUAUGCCUACCCGAUCCUUAUGCUCGUCUUCUUCCUCGCCGCCUUCACAACACGCAGCAUUGCCGCUUCCAAAACUAAUUCUAAUAUCGCCAAACCUACUACAACUGGUCCUGGAGGGAAGCCGCUGCCUGCAACCGACCCGACCCGCAACUUUGUCAAGAGGACAGCCCACGACGAUGUCACCCAGACCCAGAAGCGCUUAUUCGAGUGGGUGUCGCUGGCGACUGCCUUUACCUUUGUUGGCAACUCUGUCAUCACUGUCGCGCAUGCCCUGGUCGAGAAGCAGGAGCACUGGUGGGCGGGCAAAGCCGUUGUGAUCUAUCUCGUUGGCUCCUUCUUCGUCUACUGUCUAUUUCUCAUCUCCCUCCUCGACUCGAAGCCCUCGCCAACCGAGGCCCAUCUGGCAACAUGGACUCUGGGCACUGUGCUAGAGAUAGUUCUAGUCGCCCUUUCCUUUGCCAUCUACACGCACCCUCAUAAGGAGCCGACCGUCGGAGAACCCCCCAAGCGUCUGCGUUUCGGAAUGACCGACUGGGAGGCGGCCGAGGUGGCCAUGGACCUGCUCCGCAUCCUGCUCCUACUCGCCCUCAUCGUAUUCUACGUACUUUUUGUCAUUGUGCCUCGGCGUAAAUUCCAGCAAGAGAGAGGAAGUCCGGGCGAAAGCACGUCUCUCUUGGGUGGCGCUGACCAAAACGGUCACGCGGAAAAUGGUCAUGCGAACGGUUCCUACGGCGCUAUUAAUGGAGCUGGUGGCAAACAUCAGCCGUCUGAGGGUGCUGCACCGCCCGCCUGGAGCAGGCCCACUGGCGCACCCGCGCGCAGCUGGUGGGAAUACAUCAAGGGCUACCAUGUCUUCUUCCCCUAUCUCUGGCCUUCCAAGGAUCGCAAGUUGCAGCUAGUCGUGGUCGCAUGCUUUAUGCUCGUGCUCGCGCAGCGCGUCGUCAACGUCCUAGUACCUGAUCUGACGGGUGAAAUCGUCAAUCGCCUCAAGGACCCCGAGAAGGGCAACCCGUGGACCGCCAUCAUGGUCUACAUUGCUUUCCGCUUCUUGCAGGGUAGCAACGGACUUCUCGGUGCGACGCGAUCGGCGCUCUGGAUUCCCGUUUCCCAAUACUCUUAUCGCGAACUUUCCGUCGCGGCAUUCGAGCACGUGCACAGUCUUAGUUUGGAUUUUCAUCUGGGCAAGAAGACAGGCGAGGUCCUGUCUGCGCUAGGAAAGGGUAGCUCUAUUAACACAUUCCUCGAGCAAGUGACCUUCUCAGUGGUCCCUAUGCUGAUUGAUUUGGCUGUCGCCAUCGGCUACUUUCUCGUCAGAUUCGAUGCAUACUACGCGCUUGUCAUUGCCAUUGUCACUUUCUGGUACAUCUACCUGACGAUUCGCAUGGCGCAAUGGCGUGCUGAGAUUCGACGAGAGAUGGUCAAUGCCGACAGAGAAGAAGACGCAGUGAAAAAUGAUUCCAUGGUAUCCUAUGAAACGGUCAAGUAUUUCAAUGCUGAAGCGUACGAGUUCAAUCGCUACCGUGAGGCUGUCAAGAAGUAUCAAAACGCCGAGUACAAGGUCAUGAUAUCGUUGAACAUCAUGAAUAUCACACAGAACAUGGUUUUCAUGAUCGGUCUACUGGUAACUUGCUUCAUAGCCGCCUACCAGGUUGCGACAGGAGAACUUGAAGUUGGCAAGUUUGUCACGUUGAUCACGUACAUGGGCCAACUUCAAAGUCCUCUCAAUUUCUUCGGCACCUUUUACAGGAUGAUCCAGUCUGCUAUGAUCAACUCGGAGCGAAUGCUUGAGCUGUUCAAGGAGCAACCUACCGUGGUCGACAAAGAAGAUGCACAGCCGCUGCCAACAUGCGAGGGUAAUCUUCGAUUCCAGGACGUGCACUUUGCCUACGAUCAGCGUAAGCCAGCUUUGACAGGACUUGACUUUCAUUGCGAGCCAGGUACCACGACGGCUUUCGUUGGUGAGUCUGGUGGCGGUAAAUCAACCGUCUUCCGCCUGCUGUACCGAUUCUACAACACCAUGUCCGGAAGCAUCCAGGUUGACGGACACGACGUGGAAGAUCUUACCAUCGACUCUGUACGUGGCCACAUCGGCGUCGUGCCCCAGGACACUGUACUCUUCAAUGAGACACUCAUGUACAACCUCAAGUAUGCCAACCCCGAGGCAACCGACGAACAGGUACACGAGGCGUGCAGAGCUGCCAGUAUUCACGACAAGAUCAUGACAUUCCCGGACAAGUAUGAAACCAAGGUCGGUGACCGUGGUCUACGUCUCUCAGGAGGUGAGAAGCAACGUGUUGCUAUUGCUCGUACUAUUCUGAAGAACCCGCGUAUCAUCAUGCUUGACGAAGCCACCGCAGCGCUCGACACGGAAACAGAACAGCACAUCCAGGAAGCUUUCACAACAUUAGCAAAGGGUCGCACUAUGCUCAUCAUUGCUCAUCGUCUUAGCACAAUCACCCACGCUGACCAGAUCCUCGUCCUGCACAAGGGCAGGGUCCAGGAGCGGGGCACACAUGAGGAAUUGCUUGAUCGUAAUGGACACUAUGCUGCAAUGUGGAAGAAGCAAAUUCGCGCACAGCGAGCGGCUGAACAGGCUCAAUACCUCAAGGACAAAGCCGAUAGGCUCCGCCGGGAAUCCAAGGACGGAACGAUUAAUCUCGAAGAUGGCAGCAGUAGCCAUUCGAGUUCGGAUGACGAGAAUGCGAAGAAGAACCGCCCAGGAGGCCUAAACGGAUCACACCAUGAGCAGAGCUCAGGUAAACCACAUGGCCACCCUUAG